CAAGCUUGGCAACGUUUGGGGGCACUGACCACACUGUGAUUGCCUGGUUCAAGACUUACGCAAGCAAUGGAGGCAUUUUUGCUAAAACCGCCAGCGGCACAACCUGGGCUAGUAAAGGAAAGUGUUUCUAUAUCAGAGACGGCAACAUACAGACGGAUUCGCAUGGCAUUGGAUACAUAAGGGGAUCCAAGGUUGUGAAUGACGGGAAAUGGCACAUGGCCGCCUGGCAGUUCACUGCAUCCAGCAACUCGUACAGACUAACAGUUGAUGGAGUUCAGGACACAACGGGCACUUUGGCAUUGGCGACUGACGACGGCAACCAUGUGAUGCGUAUUGGCAACUGUGCAGAUAACUUUGUAGGAAAAUUCACCGGUCACCUACACACUGUAAUGUACUACGAUUACCGCAUUGGCAAUACAGACUUGGAGUAUGUCUACAGAAAUAGCCUUAAUUCCCGAGAAUAUAUUUGGAUUGAAGAAACCUAUUUUGGUGGAGAUGGACAGUAUUACAAGAACUCCACUGAGGCAUGGACUGCUGUGCCAAAUUGGUCACGGAAAUUUAACAAUUUUGGCAAAUUUGAUUUUUCUUUGUCUGUUUGGGUGCGAACAACUCAUACUGGAAGCAUUUUGAGAAGAACAGAGAGUUCAGGCACAUGGGUGUCACAUGGAAAAGUAUUAUACAUCAACUCAGCUGGAAAAGCUAUGUUUGAUGCCUAUAGUGUAGGAAAUGUUGUGUCAACAAGCAUUGUCAGUGACGACCAGUGGCAUUUCAUUGUGUUUACCCAGGAGAUGCAGACCACAGCCACGUGGAGGAUAUAUGUUGAUGGAGUUUUGGAGGCUUCACAGCAAUCCAUGGCCAUGACUGAGGACUUGGGUGACCAUGUCAUCUUUAUUGCCAACACCUUUCAAGGAUAUCUCAAGGAACUAUUUUAUUACAACUACAAGAUAUCUGAUGAAGAAAUCCUGUCUCGAUACAAUGGGUUUCAAGAUGACACCCACUGUCCCACUGGUUGGCACCCAUUUCAAGGCAGCUGCUACUACUUUGAAGAAGCAAACUCCAUUGGUUAUGAUGGCAUCCAGGCCAAAGAUUUCUGUCAUAGUCUGGGGGCAAAGCGUGCCAGCAUCAGCAGUCAGUUGGAGCAAGACUUCCUUUACCAUGUGCUGCAGAAAAUGAAUUACACAGGACGUGAUUGGUGGUUGGGACUUCAGCAGGAAGAUAGCAGUGUGAAUGAGUACAACUUCUGGGACGAUGGCUCGCGCGUGUUGUGGAGUCUUUGGGACAGUAGGGAUCCAGACUCCAGUGCAAAAGACUGUGUACGUUGCUUACAGGAUCGUGCCAUGGAGUGGAACGACCGAUGGUGUGUUUAUGGUGAUUUGUGGAAUGUUGUUUGUGAAAAACCUGAAGAAUGUCGCUUUGUACACAUUGAGGGACAAAAAAUAAACCUCAAUGCCUUUGACAAAUCCGUAACUUCAACAACUGUGGCAGAUUGCAAACGUGCUUGUUUGGAUGAGAAGACCUUCACUUGCAGGUCUUUCAAUUUCCGUGUGUCUGACAGUGCCUGUGACUUAAUGACCCACAACAGAUACACUAUCACAUCUAACCAGUGGGUAGAAGAUGCCAACACAGACUAUUAUGAGAGACAGUGUACUACAGACCAAGAAAAUGCUUGUGAACCAGGGUGGUUUGAAUGGCGUGGACAAUGUUACAAAUUCUCUGAUACCCAGUCGAGUUUUGAAAACGCCUCCUCCCAGUGUCAGUCAGAUGGGGGUAACCUCGCCAGCAUUAACUCUGCAGAAGAGAUGAGUUUCAUCAAGGAGAAAGCCAGGACAUUCUACAAGGAUAAAUCUUUCUACAUUGGAAUGCAGUGGGGAGGUCAUGGCCAUUCUUGGAUAGAUGGAUCUAGUGUUUUCUACUCCAACUUUGCUCAUGGUGAGGGCCGUCUUAUGUCCAUCACAUGUGAGAACAAUAUGGCGGAACUGGACUGUGGUCAAGGACAAGUCGUCAGGGUCUCCUACGCAAACUUUGGACGCACCUCUCUCACACACUGCAAUGGUACAGUACAGAGAUCUGACUGUUUGGACUCCACCUCCCUCAAUACAGUGGUUGAUACUUGCAAUGGAAUACAGAAGUGCAGUGUCAAUGCCAGUGGCGACAUCUUCAGUGAAAGUGACACCUGUGGCGGCGCCACAAGAUAUUUGGAGAUUCACUACAACUGCGUGCCAGCGUCUGUAUAUAGUUCAUACAUCGUCUCCCCCACUGGAUGUCAGUGUUACUUUAACCACAGCAGAUACGACUGUGCGUGCUGUGCAGCAGGCUCAUGCCAGUGCGGGCCAAGCAUGCCGCAUAAGUGUGUAACAUGUGGAGGCAGCUGUUCUAAUACUCUGCAUGAUCACGGCGAGUCAACGUGUGUGGUGAUGUCAGCAGCUGGAGACUACAACUGGUAUGAUGAUUCUUGUCAGCGCACUGAUCUCUUCCAUGUCUGCAAACAAGCACGGGAGGUUAUAGCCCCACUGCAGUGCACUAAUGUGAUAGCGUCAGGCAGUAACACUGCUACUUGCCCAGAAGAUGCUCCCAAUGCUGUAGCCUGUCACUGCAGCUGCAGCAAUUUUAUUAUCAAAAACUAUGGCCGUGAAUGCGACUGUAGCCUGUGUGGCACCCAGACAGAGACGUUGGCGCGGUGUUGUGCAAACACGCCACCUGCUGGCUAUGAUCCAGGCCCAGACUAUAGAACAUUUAUGCAGUGUAAAGAUCUACCAGAUGGCGACCCAUAUACUGGAGUCACAUGUCCUGCUGAUGAGUAUCCUACCAUGACUCAAUGUGCCUGUGGUUAUUGUGGGCCAUGGUGGAUGAGUGGCAAUAACACGUGUUCGUGCGAUACGUCUGUCACCAGCGACUGGGUCACUGGCCAGUGCUGCCGUUUCUUGUUCUCACCACAUGAUGGUACAAAGCCAGACUCUGACACUGAGGGUGCUACAUAUCUGGAUGGUAGAUAUUCUGUGAAAUGA